AUGAUGGUCUCAAAAGUUCUGAAGAGAUUGAGAAAGGCUAAGCUCAAUUUGUCUGACAAAUUAGUCGGGAUUGAAGACCGCUUGCCUGAGCUGAGAAGAAUGUUGGAUACUGACUCUAGUGACGUGCGGAUGAUUGUCAUCUCCGGCAUUCCAGGCAUUGGUAAGACAACCCUCGCAAAAUCUCUCUACAACGAUAUCUGCCACCUCUUUGACCGUCACAGCUUUCUCGGUGAUAUUGGAGACACUACUGAGAAGAAGGCUCUUCUAGCUUUGCAAAAUCAGUUGGUUUCUGACAUCGUCAAAGGGACUCAGCAAAACUCCAAUCGGUUGAGGAAGGAAUCAGCUUCCUCAAAUUAG